AUGUCAGCACAAGUGAAUAAACAUAUCAAAGGAAUUACUAAAGUCGAUAAUCGGACGUCUCAUAAAAGUAAAAGUACUGGUACAUUUAAUGAACAAACAAGAAAUGCUACUAGUUGUUGUUUAUUUGUAAAAACAAAAGAAAAUGAAACAGAAGGGGAACAAUGUACGAUUGAAGGAAUUCCUUUGUUUGUUGAACAUUCAUUUCGAUUUUUUGAAUUAUCAAGUAAAAUAGAAAAAGAAGUUCCACCUGUUCCAUUACAAUAUUUAACUUAUGACACUGCAUUGUUAUGGGCAUCAGAAAAUAUGUCAAAGAAUUUUGUUGAUUUAGUUAAGAUGUAUAAAAUGGAUGGAAAUACUAUUUCACGAUUAAAAAUGCAAGACCUAAGAAAAUAUAAAUUCAGAAUUGUAGAAUGUGAUACUGUUUUAAAGAAAAUUAAAGCGUAUUUCCAUAUAACUAAUUUUGGAAGUUUGUUAUUUAUUAUAAUUUAA